GGGGCGGGCGGGAGGGAGGGAGCGGCCCCGCGCUGCGCCGAGCCGGGCAGCCCUGCUCGGAGGCACGCUAAUUGGAUUUCAUUCACUCGGGGCGGAGGAAAAGCCUGAGGGCUCGGGCUGCAGCGGCGAUUAGGCAGGUUCAUUCAGGGAUUCAUUGACAAAAAAAAAAAAGAAAAAGAGGAGAGCGGGCAGCAGGCAGCGGUGCACGCACGCGGAGCCGCGCGCACACACACACACACACACACACACACACACACGCAGCCGCUGCUCCCUCCCGUGGCUCCGCCGCCCGGCGCGGGGGAGGCGCGGGGGGGCUGCGUGAUUCACUUCCCCGGGGCGGGGGGAGAUAAGUUGUGCGGAGUUGCGGGGCCGCAGCCCGGCCGCACGCCCCUGUGAGAGAGAGGGGCGCUUCCCAAGCCCGCUCCGCGCACCCCGUCCUUCCUCAUGCUAGAUACGUUCAGACCCGUCCCUUUCGCGUCGGAAAUGGCGAUUAGUAAAUCCGUGGCGUGGCUGAACGAACAGCUGGAGAUGGGCAACGACCGGCUGCUGCUGAUGGACUGCCGACCUCAGGAGUUGUACGAGUCGUCCCACAUCGAGUCGGCCAUCAACGUGGCCAUCCCCGGCAUCAUGCUGCGGCGUCUGCAGAAGGGCAACCUGCCCCUGCGCGCCCUGGUCGCCAGCAGCGAGGAGGACCGGGAGCGCUUCGCCCGCCGGUGCGGCACCGAUACGGUGGUUCUGUACGACGAGCACAGCCGCGACUGGAACGAGAACACGGGCGGCGAGUCCGUGCUGGGGCUGCUGCUCAAGCGGCUCAAAGACGAGGGCUGCAAGGCGUUCUAUCUGGAAGGUGGCUUCAGCAAGUUCCAGGCCGAGUUUGCCCUGCACUGCGAAACGAACCUAGAUAGCUCGUGUAGCAGCAGCUCCCCUCCUCUCCCCGUCCUGGGCUUGGGAGGCCUCCGAAUCAGCUCCGAUUCCUCAUCGGACAUCGAGUCUGACAUUGACAGAGACCCGAAUAGUGCCACCGACUCGGAUGGCAGUCCGCUCUCCACCAACCAGCCUUCCUUCCCCGUGGAGAUCUUACCCUACCUCUACUUGGGCUGUGCCAAGGACUCCACGAAUCUGGACGUUUUAGAAGAGUUUGGCAUAAAAUACAUCUUGAAUGUUACCCCCAACCUGCCCAAUCUCUUUGAAAACGCCGGCGAGUUCAAGUACAAGCAGAUCCCCAUCUCAGACCACUGGAGCCAAAACCUGUCUCAGUUCUUCCCCGAGGCCAUCUCCUUCAUAGAUGAAGCGCGGGGGAAGAAUUGUGGAGUCCUGGUGCACUGCUUAGCGGGGAUCAGCCGCUCAGUCACGGUGACGGUGGCCUACCUCAUGCAGAAGCUCAACCUGUCCAUGAACGAUGCCUACGACAUCGUCAAGAUGAAGAAGUCCAACAUUUCACCCAACUUCAACUUCAUGGGUCAGCUGCUGGACUUUGAGCGGACCCUGGGGCUGAGCAGCCCCUGUGACAACCGAGUGCCCAACCAGCAGCUCUACUUCACCACCCCUGCCAACCAGAAUGUCUUCCAGGUGGACUCCCUGCAGUCCACGUGAGCUCUUGCAGCUUCCCUUCUCCUGUCCGUUCCAUGGGAUCAUUCCUCACUGGUUUCUCUUUGGCAGUGAAGAAAGAAAACACAGCUUUCUCUAUUUUCUGGCCUGUGGCACUGCAGAGCAGCAGCCGGCGCAGGCUAGAAAGGGUCACGCAGCACGGAACCGGCUAUUGCGGCGGGAGGGAAGGCGAGGAGCUCUGGGAGGCCAUGGAGGCUGGGUGCAGGUGGCCACGUCCCGCUGGCCAGCCCCAAGGACUGCAGAGGGGAACAGUGGGGCUGGAUGGGCCGUGCACGUGUUUCCCGGGACUGGGACUGCCCCGCUUCCCUCUGUGCUUCUGGAUCUGUGACAUAGGUUCUGUCUUCAGUGAAGACUGGUUAUGUUUUGUUUGUCACUUUUUAAUUUAGAGGAGCCAAAGAAAGAGAUUUCAGCAUAGUGUACUUGGAGUAUUUGUUUGCCAGGAGCUCGGUAGUGUUCUACUUGAUCAAUGUAAAUAUUUAAUCUUAAGUCGAUUUUCAGGUUUUUUUUUGUUUUUUUUUUUUUGUUUUGUUUUUGUUUGUUUGUUUGUUUGUUUUCUUUUUUAAAUUCAUAUGUAUUCAAGAAAUCAAUCCAAGGGACGCCUAAGUUUUUGUUCUCUUCAUAAAUUCUGCUUUGUUUGUUUGUUUGUUUUAAUUAUGGCAAAGAACAUAUUUGCAGCAAGCUCAAUCUUACUGUUCAGUUGAGACAAGCUUUCCAUGGGGAGAAAUGGCAAUGGUGAGAAGUUUGCGAAGUUUGCAAGUCAUGUUAGUGAACAAGUACAAUCUCUUCCUUCAUAUAUUUUUCUUGUGGUGAUUUUUUUUUCCUUCACAUUCUUGAUGUAGUUUCCACAUGGUAUAUAUAUAUUUUAAAUUAAAUUAAUUUUGUUUUUUGCCUUACCUUUUGUAAAUAGAUCAUCUGGGAGGAGAUUUGUCUUUGAAUGCGAAAGAUUUUUGAUCACUUUUUAGAACUUUCAGAUGUACUAAACAGUGCAUUACCUCUGUACAAAUUCUUCAGGGAGCUUCACCUCAAAUGCAAUAUUUGCGUCUUUUUUUUUGUAUAAAACUGGAAGUAUGUGCGAGCAUUUGUACCUGUGUGUACGCACAGUGAACCUGCACACGGUUGCCAAUAAGGGAGAGUCUAAUUCAUGGUGUAAAAGUUUUAAGAUGGAAUUUAUUGUAAGAAUGUAAAACCUUAAAUUAUUAAUAAAUAAAUAACUAUUUUUGGCUAUUGAGAA